AUAAAUUGAAAUUGAACAUGCGUAGUUAACCUUUCGGAAUAGGAAAAAAAAAAAAAAAGCCACAACAAAUCUCGUCGUCUGUGGAACAUGCGCAUUCGUUCUCUGUAAUUUUUUUGGUAUUGAAAAUGAGCAUGCGCAUAGUAAGAAGGUUGCCACUCUGAAGUUUGAACCGGACAGAAACGGCUGAUCCUGGGGCUGUCAUUCCAAUUGCUCGUGCUGUACUUGUUGACAUGGAACCUAAAGUUAUCAAUCAAACACUGUCAAAGGCUGCCCAUUCUGGCCGAUGGAAAUAUGGCCAGCAUUCAUGCUUCUGUCAAAAACAAGGUUCUGGAAACAACUGGGCAUAUGGAUACUCUGUUCAUGGACCCAGGCAUGAAGAAUCUAUAAUGAACCUAAUCCAGAAGGAAGUGGAGAAAUGUGAUUCCUUGAAUGGUUUUCUCAUCAUAAUGAGUAUGGCCGGAGGCACAGGAUCGGGGCUAGGAGCCUUCGUUACACAGAACUUACAAGAUCGGUACUCAAACUCUUUGAAAAUGAAUCAGAUUAUAUGGCCUUAUGGAACUGGUGAGGUUAUUGUUCAGAACUACAACUCCAUUUUGACACUUUCUCACUUGUACCGAUCUUCAGAUGCCCUCCUUAUUCAUGAGAAUGAUGCUGUUCAUAAGAUCUGUGCGAAACUGAUGAAUAUCAAGCAGAUCUCCUUCCGUGAUAUAAACCAAGUCCUCGCACAUCAGCUGGGAAGUGUGUUCCAGCCUACUUACUCUGGGGAAGGCUCAUUUCACUACAGAAGAAAUCCACUAGGAGACUUAAUGGAGAAUUUAGUUCCCCAUCCAGAAUUCAAGAUGCUGGGUGUUCGUAACAUUCCUCAAAUGUCUGAGAAUUCACUGGCAUACAGCACAUUUACUUGGGCUGGCCUCCUCAAGCAUUUGAGACAGAUGCUCAUUUCUAAUGCGAAAAUGGAAGAAGGUAUUGAUUGGCAGGUACGGCCUCCUUUAUCAGGACUUCCUAUGCUUGGUAAAAUGUCUCUCAACAAGGAGUUUCAUUUUAACACUUCCAUUGCUAACUUGGUCAUCCUUCGUGGGAAAGAUGUACAUAGUGCGGAGCUGGGAGCAUUUAAAGAUCCAGCUCUCUAUACUUCCUGGUUAGAGCCUGUUCAUGCUUUCAGUGUGUGGAAAACCCAGCGAGCCUUUAGCAAAUAUGAGAAGUCUGCAGCGUUGGUCAGCAAUAGCCAGUUCUUAGUAAAACCACUUGAUAUGAUUGUGGGCAAAGCAUGGAAUAUGUUUGCUUCAAAAGCCUACAUUCAUCAGUACACAAAAUUUGGAAUUGAAGAAGAGGAUUUUUUGGACAGUUUCACAUUGUUAGAACAGGUUAUUGCUAGUUACUGCAACCUCGGAUUUUGAACAAAGGGGGAAAAUUACCUUAAGUCAUCUUUGGACUAAAAUACUUGGAAUACUACUUUCUCCAUAAGGUUUUUCAAAUUCCUAUCUGCUAAUGUAACAAGGUUGAAUGCUGAUUCCUUCUUCAUACUAUAGCCACAGAAAAGGAGAAAAACCUUUCAUGUUUUCAAUGAAAACAUCUACUUGAAAUUUUCCUUUGUAAGAAAAAAUAUUGGUACUUCUUUAAAGAACUUUGGGAAUACUUUGCUGAGAUGUUAGAACUCUAGAACUAUCAGAAAGGGAAACUUCCCUCUUUAUUCCAAAAAGCAUUCACUAAAUAUGAGCUAAACUUUCAUAGCACAAUUUUAAGCUAAGAAAUUGCAAUUCCCUAUUUAAAUAUAUUCAUCUUUGAAGUGAAUGUUUUGAACCAUAAGAGGGAGCUGUUGUCAAAAGCUACAGGGUGAACAUCUAUUUUUGAAUAUUUUAUUCUAAAACGGUAAGAUUUUCCACUUUAAGCAGCUAUUUAAAAAUAAAUGUCAGGACUUUGUUAAUAAAUGUGUAUCAUGCUUAAAUACAAAAGUAAAUAAGCAAAUGUUUACUUUGUUUGCUGUUCUUAAAUUUUCUGGGCAUCAGAAAAUUGGAUUUUUCUUUUAGAUCUUAGAAUGCCAGAGCAGAAACUGAUUUUAUUCAACCGGUGCUUUAAAAUUACUUACAGGUAUUUAGCUGGUGUGGAAGAUGGUUAUAUUCUUUUCAGUAAAAGGGGUAAAAGAGCUUUCACCAAAAUUUCACUAAGUUAAGUUGAGAAAAUUAUCACCAAGGAAAUAGUGUCCUAGAUGAAAUUGACACAUACAGAUGUUGGUUUCAUUCAGAAGGACAGAACACAUUUGGAAAUUGGCAACUGAGUUUGAGGGGAAUGGUGUAGUUCAAUAAAACACAUCACAUGCAGUGUAUUAACAAAUAUAAAAUGGCAAACAAAUAGGAACAUUUUGCCCUUUCUGCCAAAUCUACCAGUGGUUUCUUCCUUUUCUUUCCAUAUGGAAAUGAUUACCUUUUUGCUGUUUUUCUUAUCAACUGUUGCUAUGAUUUAAAAUACUGAACCAUAUCUUAUUUCUAAGGAAUGUAAAAAGUGGUCUGUUCAACUGCUAAAAGGCACACCCACUGCUGUAUUUUGUUAAGCCAAGAAUACUAGAAAAUAAUGAGAUCGUAAUUUUUACAAAAUAAAGUUAAAAGUAAUAGUUUAGCAUUGCAGAGAUCCAAAGACUGAAACAAUUUCCCGAACUAAACCAGCAUUAAUGAAGAUCUGUAACCGAAUUACCUCACUAAGGGGUAGGCUGAUUCUGAGGAACUUUGCUACAAGUUAAGCUUAAAGAAAGUUGUAAGUUGAAAUCAUUUUAUAUUUGAGAAAAGCAUGCAUGAGGUACCAAAUGGGACAAAUAUAUUUCUAAUUUGGCAACUCAUGGAAUCAAUGGCAGGUGACUAUUGGAAGAAAACUCCAAUUAGACAGAGCCGUGGGUUCAUUCACUUAUGUGAGUUGACCCUUUCUUAUGCACAUUAUUGUUUAAUGCACAACUGCAUUAUUU